UAAUUCAUUGCUCUAAUACAUGCACUAUAUCAUGUUCUUUUUCAUUUCUUCAGGUGAACAAGAUAUAAACGUAAGGGUUCUCCAGAUGAUUCGCAACGAGCGCAUCAAGUACAGUGUCCCAGUAAUCAAGUACCACAGGAAUGGCUUUAAACCGAAGCCACGGCAGCUCGUCCUGACAGAGACAGCUGCAUAUGUGAUCGACGAGGCCAAGAUCACGCAGAGAGUGCUGUACACUGUUCUCAAAGGUAUUUCAGUCAGUAACUUGACUGAUGGCAUGAUUGUAUUCCACGUAACAUGUGAGGACCCUAAACAGAAGGGGGACCUGGUCAUGCAAUGUGACCACUUGUAUGAGUUUCUGACCAAACUCUGCGUCAUUGCUAACAAACAAAACGCAAUCAAAGUGGUUCAGGGCAGUAUCAAGAUUGAAAUUCAGCCAGGGAAAGAGAGCGUGGUGGACUUCACCACUGGGCAGGAGCCCAUGGUAUACAAGGCCAAGAACGGACACCUGACAGUGGUCGCCACUCGGGCUCGUACACGGUAACAUGUGGGGAAGAGGAGGAGACACACAAGAAGCCUCUGCAUAUUUCAUCAGGAGACCCCUAAAGAGAAGAGCGUCAAGCCUUACACCUGAGCAGCACUUGAAAAAACCCUGGAUGAGCACGUUUUUGGACAGUCUUUUUUUUUUUUUAAAUCCAUACGAACAAUGCAAAUUAUUUUUCCACCAAAAAUAUUACUCUGCAGUGUCAGCAUCAUUCUGUAUAUAAGGAUUUGUCUUACACUGGGGUGUAAAAAUGAUAUGAAAAUACACACAUCAUGCUUCAAACAGCAGAAAGAGACAUUUUGUUUCCAUUUUCUGGCCAUAUCUGUCAUAACUGUAUAAAUGCUCACUAAAAA